AAAGAGCUUCCUUCACCUCCGGUUUUCUUGAUUCAGAAGAAAAAGCAUCUGUGAAGAAGAAAAGAGAGAGAAGAGACGGAGAGAGAUAGAACCCUAGCAGCUCAGCAAUGGCAGCAGCAGCGACGAUGGUGAGCUCGGCGAGCGGUCUGCUGGCGAUGCUGAACGAGCCACACCCGAUGCUGAAGCUUCAUGCCCUCUCUAAUCUCAAUACCUUUGUUGAUCUCUUCUGGCCGGAGAUCUCCACCAGCGUUCCCGCCAUUGAAAGUUUAUAUGAAGAUGAAGAGUUUGAUCAAAGACAACUAGCUGCAUUGGUUGUUUCUAAGGUAUUUUACUACCUUGGAGAAUUAAAUGAUUCAUUAUCAUAUGCGCUGGGUGCUGGACCUUUGUUUGAUGUAUCGGAAGACUCUGACUAUGUUCAUACACUUCUUGCUAAAGCUAUAGACGAAUAUGCAAGUCUCAAGUCGAGAGCAGUGGAGUCAAAUGAUGAAGCAGCAAAGGUGGAUCCGCGAUUGGAGGCCAUUGUGGAAAGAAUGCUGGACAAAUGUAUUUCUGAUGGAAAAUAUCAACAAGCAAUGGGAAUUGCUGUCGAGUGUAGAAGAUUGGAUAAACUUGAGGAGGCCAUCUCAAGCAGCGACAAUGUUCAUGGAACACUGUCAUAUUGCAUAAACAUCUCUCAUUCUUUUGUUAACCGCAGAGAAUAUCGGCGUGAGGUUCUUCGGCUUCUUGUUAAGAUUCAUCAAAGAUUGCCCUCUCCCGAUUACUUAACCAUUUGCCAGUGCCUCAUGUUCCUAGAUGAGCCUGAAGAUGUUGCAAACAUAUUAGUGAAACUUCUGCAAUCAGGCAAUAAGGAUGAAGCACUUUUGGCCUUCCAAAUAGCUUUUGAUCUUGUCGAAAAUGAGCAUCAAGCAUUUCUUUUAAAUGUGAGAGAUCGCCUCCCUGAUCCCAAGCCUCAAUCUUCAAGUCGCUUGAACCCUGAGCAAUCCCCAGAGGUGGUUGAGCCUCCAUCCAGUGCACCAGAUUCUGCUCAAAAUGGAAAUGCUAUUACCGGCAAUACCAGUCCUACAGGUACAUCUGAGGAUGUUCACAUGACAGAUGGAUCUCAUGCUCCUAAUGGAAAUGUACAUGCAAUGGAUCCAAUUGAAGUUGCUUAUGCAGAGAAGCUAGCAAAAAUCAAGGGCAUUUUGUCUGGAGAGACGUCAAUACAAUUGACAUUGCAGUUCCUUUACGGCCAUAACAGGUCGGAUCUUUUGAUUCUGAAGACAAUAAAGCAGUCGGUAGAGAUGAGAAACAGUGUCUGCCAUAGCGCCACCAUCUAUGCCAAUGCAAUUAUGCAUGCUGGAACAACUGUUGAUACAUUUCUUAGGGAAAACCUGGACUGGCUUAGUAGAGCUACUAACUGGGCUAAGUUUAGUGCUACUGCUGGGCUGGGUGUUAUUCACCGAGGUCACCUUCAGCAAGGCAGGUCCCUGAUGGCACCUUACCUGCCACAGAGUGGUGCUGUGGGUGGUGGAAGCCCCUACUCAGAAGGUGGCGCUCUUUAUGCUUUGGGCCUGAUUCAUGCCAACCAUGGAGAAGGCAUCAAGCAAUUCCUUCGAGAAAGUCUUCGCAGCACAAAUGUUGAGGUUAUUCAGCAUGGGGCAUGCUUGGGUCUUGGUUUGGCGGCUCUAGGAACAGCAGACGAGGAGAUCUAUGAUGAUGUGAAAAAUGUUCUUUACACAGAUAGUGCUGUUGCUGGUGAAGCUGCAGGUAUCAGUAUGGGUUUACUUAUGGUCGGAACUGCAAGCGAGAAGGCAAGCGAGAUGCUUGCAUAUGCACACGAUACACAACAUGAGAAGAUAAUCAGGGGAUUAUCACUGGGAAUCGCACUUACGGUUUAUGGAAGGGAAGAGGAAGCUGAUACAUUGAUUGAGCAAAUGACACGGGAUCAGGAUCCCAUACUGCGUUAUGGAGGUAUGUAUGCAUUGGCAUUGGCCUACAGGGGGACUGCUAACAACAAGGCCAUCCGCCAGCUGCUGCAUUUUGCUGUAUCAGAUGUGAGUGAUGAUGUAAGGAGGACUGCUGUUCUAGCUCUUGGAUUCGUUCUAUACUCUGAACCCGAGCAGACUCCAAGAAUUGUUUCUCUUCUCUCGGAGUCUUAUAAUCCACAUGUCCGGUAUGGUGCGGCCCUUGCAGUAGGGAUCUCCUGUGCAGGCACUGGUCUGAGUGAAGCAAUUUCUUUGUUGGAACCUCUUACUUCAGAUGUUGUCGAUUUCGUUCGUCAAGGGGCCCUCAUUGCAAUGGCUAUGGUCAUGGUGCAAACGAAUGAAGCUUGUGAUUCUCGCGUGGGAACAUUUAGGCGUCAGCUGGAGAAAAUUGUUCUGGAUAAGCAUGAAGACACAAUGAGCAAGAUGGGUGCAAUUCUGGCUUCUGGGAUUCUUGAUGCCGGCGGGAGGAACGUGACCAUCAGGCUGCUGUCCAAGACCAAGCAUGAUAAAAUCACUGCUGUCGUUGGGCUCGCUGUUUUCAGCCAGUUUUGGUAUUGGUAUCCGCUCAUAUACUUCAUCAGCCUUGCCUUCUCUCCCACUGCUUUCAUUGGGCUUAACUACGAUAUCAAAGUGCCGAGAUUUGAGUUCUUGUCACAUGCCAAGCCAUCCCUGUUUGAGUAUCCUCGCCCGACUACGCCGCCAACCACGGCAUCUACUGUCAAGCUUCCUACUGCAGUCCUGUCAACAUCUGCAAAAGCCAAAGCUAGAGCAAAGAAAGAGGCAGAUCAGAAGGCUGGUGCGGAGAAGGUAUCCAGUGAAGAGGCUUCUGCUGCCUCGAGUUCAGGAAAAGGUCCUAAAUCCAAUGAGAAGGAUGGCGACUCCAUGCAGGUGGACAGCACUUCGGAAAAGAAGGUAGAGGUCGAGCCAUCAUUUGAAAUUCUGACAAACCCCGCUAGGGUGGUCCCUGCACAGGAGAAAUAUAUCAAAUUUUUAUCGGAAAGUAGAUAUGUGCCUGUGAAGCUAGCACCAUCUGGAUUUGUUCUGCUAAGGGACCUGCGCCCAACGGAACCAGAGGUACUUGCACUCACCGAUGCACCCUCAUCCAUGACCUCAUCUGCAGGGGGAUCCGCGACAGCAGGUCACCAGCAGGGAUCGGCCUCGGCCAUGGCAGUCGAUGAAGAGCCCCAGCCCCCACAGCCAUUCGAGUACACGGCAUGAUCAUGACCCGAAUGUGGGGAUACUCUAUUUAUGGUAGUCCUCCAGUGAAGAGCCUCUUUUGUUCCUCAGGGAGGUUGUGGCCUCAUCUCCAUGCAUCUCACCGGUGCUUUUUAUGUUAGUGCCCUUUUCUUUCUCGUAAACUGAGAGAUGGGAGACUGGAGAUGGUUACAGUGGCUACCUUAGUUUAUUGGACUGUUUGUUUUUUCUUCCCCCUCCAUUUCCCACCAUUGUAACAUCAAGUCUAGACAUACACAACAGCAUCAUCUCUACCACAAAAUCAUCGUCAUCGUCAUCAUCUCUUUCAAAAGUUUUUGUAGCGAGUGAUUCAAGCGGAAAACGGAUUGAAUCUGCUGAGAACUCUUUCAGAUUUGAUCAAGUUUGUUUCCAUGUUGUGGUUCAAUUUAGCACGGUUUCUUC